AUGAGUGUAGAAAAGAUAUGUCAUGUGGAGGAAGAACAAUCCUCUGGUGAUGUUGACCAGAAAAUAGAUCUCAUCAACACUUUGAGUUAUGAUGCAUUAGCUAAAAUAUUUAUGCAGCUGCCAAUACAUGAAAGGAUUGUUAUGGAUCAGGUUUGUUCUAAAUGGAAAGAGGCCAGUAAACUAGCUUGGUAUGAUAUUAAAAAAUACAAAUGCACAUCAACGUCAUCAACUGGUCUCGCUUAUGAUAAACGUUUGUUGAUACAAUCAGAUGUUGAGAAAAUACUUUUGCAUUGUGGUAUUUAUUUGAAAGAAUUAUCUCUUUCAAGAAUUCGUAAAUCAAGUAUCUUGCCAAUCAUUGGUGAUCACUGCAAAAAUUUAACAAGACUCGAAUUUGGAUUAAGCGAGUAUCAUAUGAAUACAAAUAAUAUAAAUUACUUCGUUCAAGUAUUUAGACAGUUGGACAAAUUAAAAGUCGUUCGAAUACAAGUAUAUGCUACCUACGACAACCGCGUAAAAAAAUUUUCCAUUGAAAUAAUCGAUAGUCUUUCAGAAGGAAUUGAUGAAAUUCAUAUAUUUUUUCCCAAAGUACUUGAGAAUACAUUACCAUUUUUUUUCAAUUUAAAAAAGUUUAAAAAUCUUCAUAGUUUAACAUUAAGUAGAUGCGUUAUCGACGACAUGAUUGCAGAAAUAUCAGAAAAGCAAAGCCUUGUUUAUCUCAAUCUUGAAAAGUCAAAGACAAUAACUGGAGAUUUAAUUUUUAUGUUCAAUCGGCUUGUAAAUUUGGAACACAUCAAGAUAACUUCAUACUUGGUGUCUCCUACCAACAGUCCAGGUUUACUCUGCACUUGUAUUUCCAAUACAUGCAAAAAUUUGAAGCAUCUUGAAAUUUCUACUGGUUUUUAUAACUCAAUUGAUGUUUCAAUCAUAAACUGGGCCAACCUUAAAAAUUUAGUGUUUCUCAAUAUUUUUUGGAAAAUUACUGAUGAAGUAGCAAUUAAAAUUGUGAAUUAUUGCAAGAAUUUAGUACAUUUAUGUAUUUCUCGAUAUAGUGAUACCACUGAAACAGCAUUGAAAAAAUUAACAAAAUUAGAAAAUCUUGAGACUUUCAAACUCGAAUUUUUGCAACUCAAUAGCAGAGUAAUAAUCGCAAUUUCAAACAAUUGUGAAAAACUUAAACAUUUAAGUAUUCUGGGUUGUACUGUAGCCAAAUCUAUUGACGAUGGUGAAACACGUUCUUCUGCAUCUGCUCUUGAUGAUUUAUCAAAAUUACAAUAUCUUGAACAUUUAGAGCUUACAGGUAUUAAAGACCUUCAAGAUAGUACUAUUAUUGCUAUCGCUAAUAAAUGUAAAAACCUGAAAUAUUUAGGUAUCGGUGAUUGUCAAGAUAUUACUGAAACCGCUCUCAUGGCUUUAACGAGCAUGGAAAACUUGAAAAAGUUAGAAAUUCGGCGGAAUCCUAAUGUUACAAACAACUUUAUUGUCAAAUUAAAAGGAUUAAAAUUGUUGAAUUGCAAGAGUUGUGAAAAACUCACUGAUGCUGGCUUAAUUCAAUUUAUAAAAAAUUGUCCAGAUCUUGAAGACCUGAUUAUUGACGUCACAAAUAUUACAAAGGAUUUUGAAAAUGCUCGUAAUAAAUUAAACAAAAAUCGUAUUUUUGAUAUUCGCGUUAAAAUAUAAAGAUCAACUUGAAUUACGAGCUGGUUAUCUAUUUACUGUAUAUCAAUAGUUAUCUCUUGUUGCGUAUUAAUUAAUUAAUUAAAACGAUUAAUUAA